AUGGACAUGAGUAUGUUCUUGGAUGUAGGCUUGAUGAACGGACAAGACUCGGUCCCUCCGGGUGACUUUUAUCCCGACCCAUUAGGCGUGUGUGAGUCUGUGAAGCCCCCCGUUGCGUUCGCUGCGAUGCAAGAUGAGUUGGACGCGCUCAAAGACUUCGCUGCCGAGUGCCGUGUGCAGCAAGAUGUAGGUCCCCCAUCCCUUUCCCAUGCUUUGGCGAUUAUCGCCCCCGGUGGUCCAGCGUUCACUGUAGGAAAACCCACGUCCACCAUCGACAUUAAUUUGUUCCACGCUUCCACCGGCCACGUGAAUGAAUUUUUGAUGCGGGAAACCGCCAAGCAGCAGGGUGUUCAAUUGGUGGGGGAACUGCAGCCAUGCGUCGGCUGCAUCGAGGCGAAGGGCAGGAGGGCCCCGGUGCCGCGGCGUGGAGUCACCCGCGCGGCGGUACCUUUCGGCAAGGUGCACAUCGACAUCACCGGGCCGUACUCUCAGGCGUUCGACGGUUCCCGUUACCUGAUCAUGUUCGUGGACAGUGCGUCGCGGUGGCAACGGGCGUACGGCAUGCGGGCCAAGAGCGACACCCUGACGUACACGCGGCGUUUCCUCGCCGACCUGAACGGCGACGGCCCCCUGGGGUGUUUCCGCAUGGGCAACGCGGGGGAGUUCACGAGUGCUGCCUUCGUCGCGUUCUGCGACGCCGCUGGCAUCCGGCGCGAGUACACCGCGCCCGACACCCCGAACCAGAAUGCGAUCGUCGAAAGCGCCAUCUGGCGAGCUAUGAAGGGGGGCCACGCCGCCCGCCGCCACGUCCUCUCCAUGGGCCACUUCGACCUCGCCUCCAUCCCCGGUAUGGACGCCAACGGACACCGGCUGUGGCUUGCAUCGGCGAUCUGGGCCUCCGGCUGCUUCAACCGUUCCGCGACGUCGGCCAACCCGGCCUGGAUGUCGCCGUUCGAGGCCUUCUUCGGACGCAAACCGCCGCUCAAGGUCGUCCCCUCUUCCCAGGAGGGGAUGAUGCGCGUGAAGCGCGCCUUGGGACGUCCAAUCCGUAUGCCGUGCAUUCCGGUCUUCGAGGAUAAUCAGGGAGCGAUUCAGAUUGCGCACAACCCGAUCACGAACUCAAACUCGAAGCACAUCGAUGUACGGCAUCACUUUAUCAGGGAACUGGUAGAGAGGAAGGAGAUUUCGAUUACGCAUGUGACGUCGGAGUUUCAGCAUGCAGAUUUCUUGACGAAGGCUAUCAGCAAGGAAUCUUUUGCGUUGCACAGAGACUUUGUGAUGAAUUUGCAGUGA